UUGACAUUAAAUCCAGACAAUCGUAGUCCUCGGAACGUUGACGUGUUUUCUAUUCAGCCAAUCAGAACACGGCAUGUCGAUUUGUUCGUUACCAGGUUCGAACGAGAAGGAAGCAGGUCAGCAAGCGAGGUGUUAAACGCUGCAGGUUUGAGAGAGCUGUUUGGUCCCUCUUCACUUAGGUCCGCCUUUCAACACGCCCUUGUCCUCCUUAUAAAUAUCGGAGACAAUAUCAGUACACGGGGGCUGGGUUUCAUCUUCUCUUUUCCUGCUCCUGCCACCAGUACCUCAGAUCAAGGUCCUCACUUUUUUUACUAUUCUCUUCGAAGACCAUGGAGACAGAAAUUGAUCAGCAGGAGGAGACCUCAUUCAGCAACACGGAGACAAAUGGUAAACGCCCUGCUGAGGAUGCAGAUGAACAGAAAUCCUUCAAACGCUCCAGAAACUCUGAUGAGAUGGUAGAGCUCCGCAUUCUCCUGCAGAGCAAGAAUGCAGGAGCAGUAAUUGGGAAGGGUGGAAAAAACAUCAAAGCCCUUCGUUCAGAUUACAAUGCCAGUGUGUCAGUCCCAGACAGCAGUGGGCCUGAGCGAAUCCUGAGCAUCAGUGCAGACAUAGAGACUAUUGGAGAAAUCCUACUGAAGAUUAUCCCCACAUUGGAAGAAUACCAGCAGUACAACGGCAACGACUUUGAUUGUGAGCUCCGUCUGCUGAUCCAUCAGAGUCUGGCGGGUUCCAUCAUUGGAGUUAAAGGAGCAAAGAUCAAAGAGCUUCGUGAGAACACAAAGACCAGCAUCAAGCUGUUUCAGGAGUGUUGUCCCCAGUCAACAGACCGUGUAGUGCUGGUUGGUGGUAAAAUGGAGAGGGUGGUGGAGUGUAUAAAGACUAUGCUGGAGCUCAUCUCUGAUGCUCCAAUAAAAGGCCGUACACAGCCCUAUGAUCCAAACUUCUAUGACGAAACGUAUGAAUAUGGAGGUUUUACCAUGAUGUUUGAGGAGAGGGGAGGCGGCCGUAGGCUCAUGGGAGGCUUCCCUAUGCGCGGAGGCAGGUCCAGUGGUGAUCGUGGGUAUGACAGAAUGCCUUCCAGCAGAGGAGCACGCGGCCCGCUGCCUCCCUCACGCCGCGAUUACGAUGAUAUUAGCCCACGCCGGGGUCCUCCUCCACCCCACCCCAGCAGGGUUGGCAGAGGAAAUGGGCGUCCACGUAGCAUGCCGAUGGGACACCCAUACAGAGGAGGCAGAGACGAUCGUUACUAUGACUCCUACCGCGGCUCAGAUGACAGGUCAAAUGACAGAAGAGGCAGACCGGAUCGCUACAGCGAUAACAUGAGCGGUGGUGGAUAUGAUAACAGUUCCUCCUGGGAUAGCUACCCGUCAGGUGGACGUGGCUCCUACAGUGACAUGGGCGGUCCUGUCAUUACCACACAAGUGACAAUCCCUAAAGACUUGGCUGGGUCCAUCAUUGGAAAGGGAGGCCAGAGGAUUAAACAGAUUCGCCACGAGUCUGGGGCCUCUAUAAAGAUUGAUGAACCUUUGGAGGGUUCAGAGGAUCGCAUCAUCACCAUCACUGGUACCCAGGACCAGAUCCAGAAUGCCCAGUACCUUUUACAGAACAGUGUGAAGCAGUACUCUGGUCAUUUGCUGUAGACCCCUGAGGGAGCAGAUUGAAGACAACUUGGAUUGACCCCCCCUUCCUCUUCUCAAAUCUCUUUGCCCUGGUCCAACACAUCCCCCUUCAGAUUUUUACUCUGGAUUGUGGGUGUCUAUUUUUUAUUUUAUUUUUGUAUUUUUAAUUAAAUAAAUGUCCUACAUUCCUGCGCAUCCACGAAAAUGUAGAAGAUCUGCAUUUUUAAGUGUAGUCCAACAGUUUGUCAGAAAUCUUUGAUUAUUAUUUUCUUUUCUUUAAUGUGACACAUUCAUCAAAAAGUCAGAUUUUCCUCAAAUAAUAAACUUAACCUUUAUUUUUGGAUAGAUUUGGUUUGUUUUUAUGCAUAAUUGUGGAUGUUUGUGUGUGUGUGUGGGUUUGUAUGCUUUUGGUAGUCUCCUACAAAUUUGUGUAACAUACAGAAUGUACAAUGUUCCUUUUGUUCUUUAACAGCUCUGGGUAAAGUUAGCUCUGUAGAAUUGAUUUUGCAAUGCUUAUGUUCAGAGUUCUGUACAAAUAGAAUUGAAUAAUUUGUACAAACUCUGUAGUGGUGUGGGAAAAAAUAAACUUAAAAUACUGAAGUAACUCCAAAAAUUGUUUGUUUUGGUAGUUAAAGAUUUAAGGUAGUAUAUUAGUUAUUGGACACACGCUGAUCUUUUCUACUUUGUCUGCAAUUUCCUCUGCUCUGAACUCAUUUUCUCUUCAUUGUUGUGAACCUCACAAUGUCAAAUCUAAAGAGAAAUAAAAAUACCACUUUUUACUGAA